UUCUCGCGAGAAUUGAGCGGUCCGGUGACAGCUGACACUUCCGGGAAAAUGGCGGCUUUGGGAAGGGGGCUCUCUGGUUUUGCUCGUAAAUUGGUGGCCCUUGGGGGCCCUGGGAUACGGAUAACGACAAAAGCGACACGUAUGGCUGGAGUGGCCCUGGCCGGUGCCGGGGCCGUGUAUACGGGGAUAAUGCUGGUGAAGAGGAGCGGAUACCAGAGCCCGGGAAUAGUGAUGCGGGUGUGCGCCCAGAGUGAAGUUACUGUUGAUGAGACCCAAGAGAAACAGUCCCUCCGCAAGCAGCGCUUUAUGCAUUUUGCCUCACUGGAGUACGAGGGAGAGUAUUACAUGACCCCACGUGACUUCCUCUUCUCUGUAAUGUUUGAAAAUUUGCAGCAUAAAACCAGCGCUCGGAAUCUGACAAAAAAGGAAUUUGAUUCAAUGCUUUCUGUGGCAGCUAAAGCUAAACCAGGUCCGAAAUUCUUCAGAGACUUGGGGGAUAACGGGCUCAUCUCAUACACAGAGUACCUGUUUCUUCUCACCAUUCUAACAAAACCUAAAACUGGAUUCCAAAUUGCAUUUGAGAUGCUAGACGCUGAUGACAAUGACCAGGUGGACAAGAAAGAGUUUUUCAAGUUGCAAAAGAUUCUUGGCACAAAAGAUGAAAUCAAGAUGAACCUUACACAGGAGACGUCUUCAGACAGUGAUAUCAAGACAACCUUGCUCGUUCAUUUCUUUGGUCGUGGAGGACAGGAUAAGCUGCAGUAUUCCAGAUUUUACAGGUUUAUCGAAAACCUCCAGACAGAGGUUCAAGAAAUGGAAUUCGCUCAGUUCUCAAAGGGUUUGGACUUCAUGAGGAAGGAGGACUUUGCGGAAUGGCUCCUUUUCUUCACAGAUGAGGAGGACAAUGACAUCUACUGGCAUAAUGUGAAAACCAGGAUCCCUCCAGGAGAAAGUAUCAGCUUGGAGGAAUUUAAGAGGUUCUAUCAUUUCAUGAACAAUCUGGAAGAUUUCUCUAUCACUAUGAAAAUGUUCAGCAUGGCAAACAAAGCGGUGAAGUUGGCUGAAUUCAAGCGAGCGGUGAAAGUGGCAACAGGAGAAGAAUUAUCAGAAAAUGUUUUGGAUACAGUCUUCAAGAUCUUUGAUUUAGAUGGAGACAACUGUUUAAGCCACGGAGAGUUUUUGGGUGUCCUGAAGAACAGGCUCCAUAGAGGAUUGAAGCAUGUGCCACAACAGCAGGGACUACAAGGCUAUUGGAAGUGCGUCAAGCGGGAAACCAUUAAAGGCGCCAAUGAAGUUUGGAAACAAGUCGGGAAGAGCCCGUUCUAACAUUGUUCUUCAUUUUAUAUGAGAUGUAUGGGUUUUAUUGGAUUUCUCUUACCAUAUAUUUGUGUUUACGUCUGGUUUACCUGUUUCUAGCAGUCUGCAUCUCGCAUAUCAGCCUGUUCUACAUCACCGCACUGAUCUCAUGGGCCGUUUCUUCCUGUACUGUAUGUAUGUCGGGGUUCCCACUUAAAGGGGACAGAUUUGGCUUCUAACUGCACUUAACAGGCUCUGCUAUUCUGGUGUCUAAACAUCCCAGAAAGCAUCAGCACUGAUUUUUUGCAAUGUAUGACACAUAUUCACCCAGGAUUGCUGGAGAGUCACACUUUUACAUGCAAUAUUGUAAUAAUCGAUCACAGUUCACAAGGGAGGCCAGAAAUUUAGGAUAACAAGGAUAAACUAAAUGAGUUUCCUGAUGUUAGAAACAGCUCCACUCUUGGCCAAGUCUGGUAUUGCAACUGAGCCUCAUUGACUUAAAGGGCUACUCCACCCCUAGACAUCUUAUCCCUUAUCCAAAGGAUAGGGGAUAAGAUGUCUGAUCGCUGGGGACCCCCGUAGUAUAGCAUGCGGCACCCACCUG